CUGCAAUGGCGUUGACAUUAAUCUUGAUGAUGGUCAUGGCUCUUGAUGUCACAGCAUUCACUCUUGCUCUUGUUGCAGAACAGUGGAGAAGCACUCUGAACCUGAGCAACAUAAGUAGACUCUGCUGGGCCGGACCUGAUGUGACAGUCUUUUCUUUUGACCCACUAUGUGCUCAGCCAGCCAGCCCAAUCCAUAUCCUGUUGUUUAAUCUUUCAUCAUUUCUUGCUUUAAGGAAAGAAGAUGCAAGCCAGCUUUCAUUGGAAAUAUCAGUCUCCAAUAUCUUUUAAUAUUGUUGACUAGCUAAAAGAACCCAGCUCAGCCACUCAAAUGAUGUGCACAAAACUUCUUUAUCAAUUUUAUAUACCAACCACCAUUGACUCUGCCUCUGGAAGUAUAGAUACCAAGAUCCAUAAAGAGAUGAUGAACAGAGGGAGAGAGAUUGAGAGAGAUGGCCUUGACACUGCUGAUGAUAAUCAUUGUUCUUCAUGUCACAGCUUCUGCUCUUGCUCUUGUUCUUGCUUCAGAAGAGUCCAGAACUAUUGCUUUGAUUGGAAGUGAUGAAUACUCCAACUAUACUAACUGUAUCUAUGCCACAAACAAAUGGACUCCCUUGAGAAUUACUGCACUUGUUCUUCUAUUGGCAAAUCAAGUACUUAUGAUGAAGGCAAGCUUGUGGUUUUUCUCAGCCGAAAAGCCUUUGAAUCCUAAAACAUCAUCUCCUACUCCUUGGGCAAGAUUUCUUCUCAUCAUCUGUUGGGCGGCGUUCUUCAUCACUGAGGCAUGGUUUUUGGUGGGUUCAGUGAGGAAGGCCGGCCAGACAAAGUACGGAGGGACCGUAUUCUCGUCAGGAUUUCUCAUUUGCCAAACAGCCAAAGAUGGAUUUUUUCACAGGGAGAGAGUGUUUCAUGAAGGGGCGGUAUUCAUCCUACUCAUCAGUAUUGCAUCAAAAAUGUACAAUGUUUUCUAUGUUGAAUCCAAUGAAAAAGAAACUGUAGAUGGCAGUGACAGCACCGGUGAGAAUUCGGAACUGACACAAUGGUUUAGCUUAAGGAGAUCAAUUAGGAGAUCAGGGACUUGGAGGUUUCUUCAGUAAGUUCACAAAUGUUGUGAGAAGGCAUUACUGGGAAAAUUGGCUCAAACGGGGUGUUGGAAUCACGACAAGAGGUGUGUCAUUCGAACAACCCAUGCAGUGCUGCAUCGCCUAGAGACCAGGGAGCUUGUUGCUUGAGUGAGGGACGUAGUCGCUCGAGCGAACAUGCUUGCUUUCGCUGAUGACACACCCGAUACCAGAGAGCUUGCCGCUCGAGCAAGAGGCAUAGUCCCUCGAGCGAAAUCGUAAUGACACGAAUUUUAGGGCUGUUAUAAAUAGACGUUCGUGGACAUUGGGGGGGAGUGUCCGGAAGCGUUCUAGUACAAAGAAAAAUGCAUAUCUUCUAUUGAAACCCUUCCAAACCUUCACGUACCAAUGCCAGCGAACGUUCAUGCCAAGCAUACCCGCAAUGUAUGCCUGAACUUGGGCUGCAGAAGUAGAGUCUCCGGCCAGAUUUGACACGACCCGCCACCAUCA